UCCGCCGUCGUCCGAUCGUGCGGCGACGGAGGGUGAAUUUGCUUGCUGCCCUUUAUGGGAAUUUUGCUGCACAAUUUUUCAUCUAUUUCACGUCCAGUCGCGGGUGAGUUCACAUCGAUUGAACGCGGUUUCGCGAUUAUUCGAGUAUUCGUCGAGAUCACUUGGGGAAAGAUUGAUAAGUUCAAGUGCUUUUGAAAGUGGAUCGGUACAUCGACUUUUACGCGUUGUGUUAUUGAUUAAUCUAGAUGAAACGAUUAUAGCGAGAUUGGAAAAAAAAUUCGUGCAGUGAUUAGGCUUGCAUAAGAUUGCGCCAAGUCAGCGAUAGACGGUGAACAGAGAACCACGUGGGAUGUUAGAACUGUGACCGGUAGACGUGUUUGGCAAAGUGGUGUUUAUGUUUUGAGUUGCCGGUGGAUUACGCAAGCUAGAGAAGGUUUUCCGCAAAUCCAUUAGCUUGUAAAUAGUGAGCACAAAUACGGAAGACUAGUGCAGCGGCCCCGUCGUCUAAUGUUUUGAAAAGGUGUUGAGAGAAACUUCCAAAAGCCUUGUGCCGCUUUCUCCUUUGGUUUAAAAACCUUUGUUUUUGUGACGUGAGUAACUGCAACAGUUUGUUUUAUGAAACUACCGGUAGAACGCAUUACGAAAGUAAUGAAUCUCGAGGAACCAGCGUUCGCAGAUAAUUACAUACAAGAUUUUGUACUGGAGCACCUGGAUGAUACUAACGUUAAACGGGAAGACAUUAGUCCUACUGCCGGAAAUGCCAAGGUCUGGACGGCAGCAGGAGAUGAAAAUGGGUUUAUUCCGAUACGGUUGAAAGCCAAUGGCACAACAUGGCAUGUGGAGGAACGCAAGGUCAGUUCGAUCACACCUAAUUCGGACUUUUAUCCUCAUCCAACCCAUGGACAGCCAGUUUUGCUGAAUCCUCCAAUUGCAGGUGUCCCAUCUACACCUCCAGAAACGCCCCCAGUAGUUGGAUCCCCAAAUCAUACCAACUCAGCACCGUAUCCAUACUACUCCAAUCGCAUUCAACCUGAUCAAAUGGAAAACAUGAUGAUUGUUCCACAAACAAUGCGAAUGGAACAACCUUUGGAUCUACGGCCAUCGCAUCAAUUCUCACUAUCUGAUGGGGACUGGAUGGAACGUAAAGAAUACAUGCAAGCACACGGAGGAUAUCCACAUCAUCAUCAUGGUCAACUAGAUCACCUAAAUCCCAUUCAUGGCUCCCAUCAUCAUCUUCACCUGCAUUCCAACCGACCCCAUUCAGUCAGCUCCACAGGAUCCAACUCUUCGCCUAGAAAUGGUCCUGGCAGCUGUUACGCACAUGGUAGCAGCGAUGACCUUAUCAACGAUGAUCUACUCAUGACACUCUCCGUACGGGAGCUCAACAAGCGACUGCACGGUUGUCCACGCGAUCAAGUAGUUCGUCUCAAACAGAAACGACGCACACUGAAGAACCGAGGAUACGCACAAAACUGUCGCUCCAAGCGUCUGCAACAGCGUCACGAUUUGGAAAUCACUAAUCGCCAGUUGCAAAGCGAAAUGCACCAUAUGAAAAUGGAACUGGCGUUAAUCAAGCAGGAACGCGAUGAAUUGAAAAGCAAAUUACGUGAUCAUGCAGCAUUGGCUGCCGCGGCCGCAGCUCAUCAGCACUCGCAACCACAGCAGGUGCCACACCAACAUCCGCCGGCUCGUCAAACGAAUGGCACAGGAGUACCGCCCAGCAAGCAACAACUCCUCAGCGACAGCACCAGCUCACCCGAGUACUACGUAUGACGUCAGAUCGGAGGCCAACAACCGUGGAUCGGACGUUAUGCUUCCUAAUGCAACAGUGUAGGUACUUCGAACCCUCAAGAUACGAAGGACGUUACGGUAAUGCCAUCUUGUUAGGCGGUUAUGUAAAUAUUCAGAUAGAUGCAAAGACUGGUUCUGUGCAGGGCGCAAUGUUACUAUUUCCAGAGAGACUUAAAACUGAGGCAUUCCUUAACAGGUGCUCACCCUCCAGGUGCCCUGAUAGCUAAAUGUAACCGCGGCUCUCUUUAUACGAAGCUUGUAAUUCUACUCAAGGAUUAAUCGUGAAGACACAGCAGGCUAUGGAUUAUGUAAACUUGACAGGUCAAGAUGCCAAACUUAAGUUGAAGCAAUAAUUUGUUACAAAUGUGUUUCCUAGGCAAUAAGUUACAAACAAAGAUUUUAUUAAAAAAAU